AUGGGCAACUACUGUUGGUGCAUAAAAACCUCACCAAAGAAAAACGAUUCUAACAACUACAAAAAUAAGAAGAAAGUCAGAUCUAUUAAGCUUAAUGACUCUGGUGGAGCAGAAGAUUAUCUAAAUCUUGAGGACUUCAGUAGGAGUCAGAGCUACAUGAAUCAUAUAAACAACCAUUCUCAAUAAAAAGAAGUAUUCACGCCUCGUUCAUAAGCAGUGGUAGCCAGCAAAGGUUCUUUGAAUCUGAAUCAAAGAGAUAAUAAGAGAAACAACAUUCAUUACUUUAGAAAAGACAGCAAUCAAUUGGUGUAGUCUAAGCAUUCAGCAGGUUUAGUCAGUGAUAAGAAUCGUAAUCAGAAUAAACUCUAGGAUAUCACGAAUCGCACUGCUUAAGAAUAGGAGCAGCAGUAAUGCCUUUUUGACGAUUUGACCUUUGAUAAUAAUUAAUGCCUGUCUCGGAUUUAUCACAAGAAUUUGAUGAGCGAAUAAAAGCCAUCUCCUAUAGAUAGAUCAAUUGAAUACAAUAAUGACAUGAGCAAUGAGUACGAUGCUUAGCAUAGAUCAAAUUUUGAUUACAUCCCCUCAUAGUUGAGGCAGAAAGAGUUCAGCAAUGGAAAGCUACAGAGGUGCUAGGAAGGUGGAAAUUUCACAUAAAAAGUUAUUAUAUGCAAUGAAAUGCUAGCAAAUCAGAAUAAAUUAAACUUUGAGACUGAGGAAAAUAAAUUUCAAGAAUAAAGUGCUUAAUAGUCUCUGCCUAUGGAAUUUGAAGAGGAAUAGAUUUUCGGUUUUGAAAGUGAAAGGCAAAAGGACAUCAGACCUUCUCCAUUGGAUCAUUAAUUUUCAUAGCUGGUAGAGAAAAACUUUAAACAACAAUUUAAAAACAGGCUAGGUUUAAAAUCCCAAUUACUAUAAAACAAUUUAGAGAGUAUCGAUUCAUUCAGCAAGAAAAUGCCAGCUAAUAACCUUGAAUAUCAAAGAACACCCUCAUAAUCAAAUUUAUCAGAAUAUAAAAGUGCAUUCGGAGGAGGCGGGUCAUGCACCUAUCAAGACUAUAUGACAGCAAAGGACUACUAGUCUUGCAUGAGUUCUGACUAGAUUCAUAAUAUUUCCUUAGGCGGAAAUCAGAGGAUUAUAGAAAACCCUGAGGCAAGUCAAAUAGAGUCUAAAAUGUAAAGUGAUAAAGGUUGUUUGUAUUGUGAAUAGCAAAAUAUUUAAUCUCAAUGA